UCGCUUUGCAGACAUGCGGAAGCGGAGAUCGUCGUCGACGACCGUGGAGCAAGAGGAGGGAGACGAGGCGCUCGAGGACGCCCCCGAGGAGACAUCGCGGCCCGCGGCCUAUUCGAUGUCCGACAUGAAGACAUUCGCCGGGCCACGCAGGCGUGGCCCCGCGUCCAAGGUGAGGCGCGCGGCCAAGUGGCUGCUGAUGCUCUACGUGUGCGUGCCCUUCGUGGUCAAGCUGUGCCCGUCCAUUCAGGCCAAACUGGUCUUCCUCAACUUCGUGAGGGUCCCCUUCUUCCUCGAUCUCAAACGACCUUCGGACGUGGGCCUCGACCACACGCUCAACUUCUACCUGCGGCCGCAACAGAAGCUCCGCAUCGGAGUGUGGCACACCGUUCCAGCAGACAUGUGGAGAGAAGCCGGCGGCCAAAGCCAAGAAUGGUUUGAAUCGGCACUAAGCUCCGCCCACCCAGCCAUCCUCUAUCUCCAUGGAAACACAGGGACCAGAGGCGGCGACCAUCGAGUGGAGCUGUACAAGGUCCUCAGCUCAUCCGGCUACCACGUGGUCACCUUCGAUUAUGGAGGCUGGGGCGACUCGGACGGGUCGCCGUCGGAGGGCGGCAUGACGGCGGACGCUCUCUUCGUGUACCGCUGGCUGAAGGAGAGGCGGGGUCAAAGCCGAGUGUACAUUUGGGGACACUCGCUGGGAACGGGCGUCGCCACCAACCUGGUCCGGCGAUUGUGCGACGGAGGAAGUCCUCCGGACGCUUUGAUCCUGGAGAGUCCUUUCACCAACAUCCGCGAGGAGGCCAGGAGUCACCCCUUCGCCACGGCGUACAGAUACUUGCCGGGCUUUGACUGGUUCUUCCUGGACGCCAUCACCGCCAACGACAUCCGCUUCGCCAACGACGACAAUGUGAAUCACAUCUCGUGCCCCGUGUUGAUUCUCCACGCCGAGGACGACCACGUGGUUCCUUUCCACUUGGGCAAGCAGCUGUACGAGGUGGCGAAGCGCUCCAGAAGCCUGAGCGGACACAAAGUGGAGUUUGUGGCCUUCCCGGCGUCGUUGGCCUACAGGCACAAGCUCAUCUACAGCAGCCCCCGACUGCCCCGCAUCCUCAGGGAUUUCCUGGACACCCCCCCUCCCGAGAAAGACUAAUCCACCCCCACCGCAGUCGCACACACACUGUUGAAGAUUUGGCGUCGGCGUGGUUGCGGCGGCAUCCGGUUUUGCUCAAGCGGCCGCGGCAAACGUCAACGUUUUAAUGUGAUGAUGGUGUUUCACUUGAACGCUGAAUAAAAUGUUUCCCGUU